GGGUUCUGAUUUGUUUUGCUUUCAUGGAAGUUCAGACUUGCUUCACUUUUAUGAGGGUUCAGGCUUGCUUUGCUUUCAUAGGAGUUCAGACUCGCUUCGCUUUUAUAGGGACUUGCUUCGCUUUCAUAGAGGUUCUGAUUUGCUUUACUUUCAUGGGGGUUCUGAUUUGCUUUACUUUCAUAGGGGUUCUGAUUUGCUUCACUUUCAUAGGG